CUGCUCAUGUUUGCUCCGCCGCGGGCAAGCGGCCGCGCGCCCCGGCCGGAGAGGGGGGGGCGGGGAGGGGAAGGACGCGGGGCCCGGGCAGCGGGGGCGGAGGGGGAGGAGCAGCGGCGCACGGCCUCCGAGCUACCUUUCUCGCCACACGAUUGCCACACGCGGAGGGCACCGGGAUUCGGGGGGCGAGCGGGUGAGAGCAGGCCAAGGGGGACCACACAGCCCCCAACGCCCAGCUACCCACCCAACCGUAAGAAACAAACGAAGGCAGAGGAGCUGCAGACAGGGCGGCAGGAGUCGGGGCGAGAAGGCAAGGUGAGGGCCGGGGGACUUACUUUGCGAGGCGCGGUGCAGAGCGCUUGCCGAGCGGAGAGAAAGGCCCGGAUCCGGGCUGCCUGGGAGCCCCGCGAGCGCAGCUGUGUCAGGGCUCGAAGGCCGCGAGGCGCUGGCGGCGGCCCGAGGGGGACGGGGUCGGGGUCGGGGACGGGGGGGACGAGGACGGACGCGCGUGAGGCGGGCGCGGCGCGGUUGGGCUCUGCGCUGCGCUCCGGCUCGGCCCCGGCUCCGCGCGGCUCCGCUCCUGGCUCCCCUCUGGCUCCUGGCACCAACUCCGGGCAGUCACAUGACGCCGGCGCCGCUCGCUCUCUGCGAGCCUCCCGGGGCUGGCGGGGUAAGUAG